CUUUUUACAAGAAGGCUUCGUAAUACAAGACUUCAGCGUCUCUGGUUUCCUCGAUCUGGGAUUUGAACCGUUUGAAACUUUCUGGUAUGUUUGCUGUAACGAGUGUGCGUGCGCGCGCGCGUGCGUGCGUUGUUGUGAAAUGGAACCACUGCGCGCGGGUAACGCGGGAAAACUCUACAGAUUGAUGCAGUCUAUGAUGCGGGAAGAGGAUAAGGGAUUAACGCUUCUGUAACACGGAUCCGCGCGGAGAGAGAUGGAGGCACCGGGUGGCACGGACGCGCCUGCGGUCUCCUACCCGCCGUCGUCUGCAAACUCCUCGUGGGAGUCGGGCGCGCGCUACUCGCGGACGGCUGCAGUGGGUCUCGCGGCGCUCGUCGCCUUCCUCAUCGUGUUCACGGUGGUAGGGAAUGCGCUCGUGAUGCUCGCGGUGUUAACGAGCCGCGCGCUGCGCGCGCCGCAGAACCUCUUCCUGGUGUCCCUGGCCGCCGCGGAUAUCCUGGUGGCGGCGCUAGUCAUGCCCUUCUCGCUCGCCAACGAGUUGAUGGGGUACUGGCACUUCGGCCGCGCUUGGUGCGGCGCCUACCUGGCGCUGGACGUGCUCUUCUGCACCGCCUCCAUCGGGCACCUCUGCGCCAUCAGCCUGGACCGCUACUGGUCCGUCACGAGCGCCGUCCAGUACAACCUGAAGCGCACGCCCCGCCGCAUCAAGGCGGCCAUCCUGGUAGUGUGGCUCAUCUCCGCCCUCAUAUCCUCGCCGCCGCUCUUCACCAUGAUGGACGACGGCUUGGCCGAGGGCACGGGGCAUCUGCCGCAGUGCCAGCUCAACGACGACACGUGGUACAUUUUAGCCUCCAGUUCGGCAUCCUUCUUCGUUCCGUGCGUCAUCAUGGUCCUCGUCUACAUCCGCAUUUACAGGGUGGCCAAGACGAGAACAAGGACCUGUUCGGAGAAGAAGCCCAGCCUGGACACGGAGAACGGCGUCAGCAUCGCAACGUCAGUGGUGAGAAUGAAUGGAGAACGUGAGAACGGGCACUGCUCGGAGGUGACCUGCGUAACCGCCGAGCCGCGGCCUUCGAUCCAGGCAGAACCAGACCCCACUUCGACUUUGGAGGCCAAAAGCUGGAAGGAAAAAGAUACAACGCCAAGUAGAAGCCACGGCGAAGGUUCGAAACGUGGGUCGUCUUUGGCAUCGCUGGCAUCAGAGACCAGUAGACGGGCGUCCCGUGCCAGCAGCAAGACGCAGGAUCUGUUCUCGUCUCGGAGGAUGUCGAGCGGACGGAGGAAGAGCAGCGGCGGCGGAAGCAGCGUGAGGAGAAGAAGAGCAUCGCAGGUGCGUGAAAAGCGCUUCACUUUUGUGCUGGCGGUGGUGAUGGGUGUCUUUGUGCUCUGCUGGUUCCCUUUCUUCUUCAGCUACAGCUUAUAUGGCGUGUGCCGCCAGGCGUGCCACAUCCCCGACCUCCUCUUCAAGUUCUUCUUCUGGAUCGGUUACUGCAACAGCUCGCUUAACCCAGUCAUCUACACCAUCUUCAACCAGGACUUCAGACGGGCUUUCCAUAAGAUCCUUUGUUCACCCUGGAAAAAAUCCUUCUAGAACCUUAAAGUGACAUUUUUUUUCUGGAUUCUGGAUGUCCUGUAAUUCUUUCUUAAUAUUAAAUUAGAAAGGAAGCACUGGAAUCAUAAGUCGGUUAGAAAACGAACCAAUAGCAUAAGAUUAUAAGGAUUGAUUUUCUCUUCUCUGGUUGUUGGAGAACGAAUUAAAGGUGAGCUGUGAGCUUCUGGCAAAGAAGACGUAGAGAAGCAGCCGAAAAAACAAAAGUGUGUCUCUACUGGUGGAUGAAAAAUUUUCCAGAUGUAUUUAUUUUUUAUGCAAGCCUUGAAGAUGCUGUAUAAA